GGAGGCUUGCAGUCACUCCUCUCGACAGCCACAUCCAGCUGCUCUCCUCUCCCCUCCUCCUCACCUGCAGCCCUCCUCUCCACUCAUCUGCUGCAGCCCUCCAUUCAUCUGGAACUCUGAGCAAAAUCAGUCCGUCAUCCACACCAAAAAUCUGCCUUUUUCAUCAUGGACACCACAAGGAACAUCCUCUCCAUCUCUGAGGCACUCUACCACCUGACUGUCUUGAUGCUGACUCUGGGUCAAGGAGUUCAUUUGAUGCCUGUACCUACUGACAUCCCCAUGUGCACGGCCACUGAAACUGCACAAUACAGGCUAACCUUCUCCGGCAAGUGGACCCAAGCAGCUUUUCCUAAACAGUUUCCUGUCUACCGUCCCCCUGCACAGUGGUCAAACCUCAUUGGGGUGACCCACAGUUCCGACUACCACAUGUGGCAGCGUAAUGAGUUCGCCAGCAACGGAGUGAGGGAGUUUGCGGAGAAAGGCGAGGCCUGGACGCUCAUAAAGGAAGUCGAGGCGGCCGGCGAACGCAUCCAGAGCGUUUAUGGGAUCCUCUCCGCUCCCGCUGUUACGGGAGGUACAGGCCAGAUGAACACUGAGUUCGAGGUCUUCGCCAGGCACUCCUAUCUGUCGUUCAUUGUGCGUCUCGUUCCAAGUCCGGACUGGUUUGUGGGUGUGGAGAGCAUUGACCUGUGUGACGGCGACCACUGGAAAGAGAAUGUGUCUCUGGAGCUUUUCCCGUACGACGCAGGAACCGACAGCGGGUUCACCUUCUCUUCUCCAAACUUUGAGACCAUCCCGCAGGACAAAAUCACACAGAUCACUUCGUCCUUCCCUAGCCACCCAGCUAACUCCUUUUACUACCCCCGCCUGAAGCACCUGCCCCCCAUCGCCAAGGUAACGCUGACCAAGAUAAAGAAGACCAAUCAGAUCAUUAGUCUGCCUGUGGAGCCCACCCAGUCCAACCAGCUGCCUACAGGGAACGAGAUUGAGGACACGCUCAUAAAUACCCCUCUGGACUGCGAGGUGUCAGUGUGGUCUCCUUGGGGCUUGUGCAAAGGCAAGUGCGGAGACUCAGGCGUGCAGCACCGCACACGCUACAUCAUCAUGCACUCAGCCAACAACGGAUUAGCCUGCCCCCUGCUGGAGGAGGAGAGGAAGUGCUUCCCAGACAACUGUUUAUGACUAGGCCAGGAAAGGAGGGAAAAGAAAGAGAGGAAGGAGAGGAGGGACAAGAAAGAGAGAAAAGCCAGGAAAGGGAGGAAAGGACGAAGGCGGCGAAACAACAACAAAAGGUCUGCGACGUAUUCACAUGAGGCAUAAACAUGAUGAUUCCCUUAUUUCCUCCCUGACUGUUCUCUCUGUCUGUGGAAAUAAUUAAUUGUUUGAGUGUUGAACGGCAGAAAAAGUCUCAUCCUCAAGUUGUUUUGAUAUAUCUGACAGCACCAGAGAGGUGUAGUUUGGCAAAAUAGCUAUUAGACACCGUUUAAGUUUUGGCAGAUUAUCAUAACUGUCUGGGGGACAGAGCAAUGCUGUUUUAAACACACAUUUUUGCAUUUGUUUGCCCACAGUGGAUUAUAACUCCCAGUAGCUCUGAUCAAGCGGAUUUAGAAAUAAAUCCAAAUAAAUAAUACUUAAGAUCUAAAAUCCCUAUAUCCAGGAAAAUCCGAAAAAUAUCAGCUCUGGCACUGGGGAAAACAUGACGCUUCAAUUGUUCCAUCAGCAGAAGUGAAAUAAUACAAUCACAGUCAAUAUCCCCACAUUCAAAACAUGAUGUUUAGACAUUGUGGUUGUUCUCCUUAAGACAAAGAAUAUAUUUAUUGACAGGAUUUUAACCUGUAGUGUACAGUAUAUCAAAUCUGAAAGUAAAAAGAUGUAUGCCUUUAUGUUAUUGAGACAUUAGUUCUGGGGUUUUUUUUGUAAAAAAUGAU